GUAGACAAACAUUAACUUUGGGGUAGACACUCUAUAUUUAUCUUCUACUCUUUCCAUUUUUACUGCAUCUACCAUUUGAUCAACAUGAAAUCAUCUCUGACUCUGCUGUGUCUGGUGGUAUGGGUGAAUGUGGAUGCUUCAUCAGCUCAGACUGAGUAUUGUGGUAAGCCUGAGGGUGAAGGGAUGAGAAUGCUGCCGAUUCCUGAUCGAGAACGUUAUGAAAAUGGGGACCAAGUGGAGUAUGGAUGUCUUGCAACUUGUAAGAACGGAGAGUGGGAUAAGACCAUCAACGGCAAAGAUUACUGUAGUAAACCUGAGGGUGCAGACACCAGAAUGCUGCUGAUUCCUGACCGAGAGAGAUAUGAAAAUGGGGACAAAAUAGAUUAUGGAUGCCUUAGCGGCCCAAACACAGGCUCAAGAGGAAAAGCAACUUGCAAGAACGGAGAGUGGAGUAAGACAAUCGAGUGCCAAGCUCAGACUGAGCCCAAGGAUUUCUGUGGACCACCUCCACAUCUCAUGAACGGAGACACAAACGGCGGUACCAGAGAAAGCUACAGAAAUGGAGAAUCAGUUCAAUAUGUCUGCCAGAACUACUACAUCCUUGAUCCCCCUUCAGCGUACAAGACGUGUCGUGAUGGGAUCUGGAAAGGAUCGAUGACCUGCCUGAAACCCUGCACUGUGGAUGAAGAGAUGAUGAACACACAGAACAUUCAAUUUAAAUAUCCUCCGGAAGAUCAAACUAAACUCUAUUCCACACAUGGAGAUCAUACCACUUUUAAGUGUACUGGUCAUCUUAGACUUAGCCCAGGUAGCGUUGAUUUUCGUCAGCAGUGUGUAAACGGGGUCAUGAACUUGCCUCAUUGCCAAUAUUGGGAUAGACACUGUUUAUUUAUGUGCUACUGCUUCCAUUUUUACUACAUCUACCAUUUGAUCAACAUGAAAUCAUCUCUGACUCUGCUGUGUCUGGUGGUAUGGGUGAAUGUGGAUGCUUCAUCAGCUCAGACUGUGUGCAGUGGACCUCUACCAAAUGUGCCCGAUGCCAGCGUCACUGAGGAAAGCAUCAAAAACGAGUACAAAGAGGACGACAUUGUCCUUUUUUCCUGCAACUUUGGCUUUGUACCAGCAGGCAGAAUAAGUUAUCAGUGUAAGAAGAAUAAGUGGGUGGUGGUCCGUCAGGGGAAAUGCAAGCCUAAACCAUGUGAGCUCCCUGAUGAAACUGCCAAUGGCCACUACAGCAUCCACAUUGGAAAUGACUUUGUCUUUGGAGCCACUAUCAAAUACACUUGCAAUGACGGUUAUCAGAUGGUGAGCAAAAUGGACAUCAGAACCUGUAUGGUGGCAGGAUGGAGCAACCACCUGCCCAUAUGUGAAGUGGUGAGUUGUGUCCCCGAGGCUACAGAUGGACGGGUGGUUGUGAGCGGUCUGCCAGAUGAUGAUGGUGUUAUAAAGUACGGUCAUGAGCUCAAGUUCAGCUGCCCCAACCCAGCACACCAGCUGAAGGGAAACCCACAGGUAGUGUGCGCCGCAGGGGGGAUGUGGAACAACCGUUUCCCAACCUGUGAAGAUGUGACUUGUGAAGCUGCAGAGAAGAUUGAGAAUGUGAACAUGAUAGGAAUUCCCCAAAACAACACCACCAUGAAGUAUGGACACAGGCUGCAGUUUGAGUGCAGCAACUCUAGACACGUUCUGAAGGGGGAAUCAGAGGUCGUCUGCUCAACCAAUGGACAGUGGAGUCACUCCUUUCCAAUUUGUGAAGAGCCCAAGGAUUUCUGUGGACCACCUCCACAUCUCAUUAACGGAGACACAAACGGCAGUAGAGACCGCUACAGAAGUGGAGAAUCAGUUCAAUAUAUCUGCCAGAACUACUACAACAUUGAUCCCCCUUCAGCGUACAAGACGUGUCGUGAUGGAAUUUGGAUAGGACUGAUAACCUGUCUGAAACCCUGCACUGUGGAUGAAGAGCUGAUGAACGCACAGAACAUCCAAUUUAAAUAUCCUCCGCAAUAUGAAAAUAAACUCUAUGCCACACAUGGGGAUCAUAUCACUUUUAAGUGUACUGGUCAUAGUAGACAGAGCCCAGGAAGUGUUGAUUUUCGUCAGCAGUGUAUAAACGGGUUCAUGAACUUGCCUCAUUGCCAAUAGUGGCUUCAGCUUACGGGAAGAGAAGGGCAAAGGCUUGUUGGACAAACAUGUCAAUCGAUAUAACCCCCGUCAAUAGUUUGCUCAAACCAUUUGUUCUGGGGCUUUGCAUAAGGUAAGAAACAUUGACUUCACAGGAGUUGUUUUUCAUGUCAGUCCGAACUUUAAUAAAGUACCUCUGGUUUUGAAUUCUCAA